AUGGCUUUCACAGGGUUCUUUGCCACGGUUUUGCAAAUCCUCAUCCAGUACCCACGGAUGGUCGGGGAUGAGCUGGAUGAGGCCACGCGCAAGCGCAUGCAGCAGCAUGCGGAGCAGCUGAGCCGGGAGAUGACUCGGCUGCUGCGGGACAUUGAGCAGAAGCGCCAGGAGCAGAGGAGACUGGAGCGGAGGAGUCCACAGCAGAGCAGCUUUGCCUGGGGAGCCCUGCUCUUCGCUGCCUUGCAGCAGUGGCAGUUCUGGGUCAUUGCUGGUGUCCUGCUCCUGCUCUGCGGGCUCUGCUGGUGGCUCAGGAGAUGGAGCCAUGAGCUGGACAGGAACAGCGACGAGGACAGCUCCAGCAGCGCCAGGGACUCGGUGGAGGAAGAGCCAGAGGAGGAAGGAGACAAUGAUGAUGCAAAUGACCUGGGAAGGUUUCUUGAGGAGCACAUACAGUGGCCAGUUCAGAACCUGGCCUCAGAGUGCCAUCAGGUGGAGGUACUGAUGUCCAAAUUCAUCCUUGUCUUCAGACUGCUCUUGCGUAAUAGUUUCUUCCCGGUGCCGCAGCCAGCCAUCGGGGUGGGCAGCGCCUUCGAAGGUUGGAGCCCCCGUGAGACAGACAUCACGUACCGCAUGCUCGUGCCCCUGCAGUCCCCUCGGGGCUGCGCCUUCCACCUGGAGCUGGGCACGGUGGAGCAGAUGCUGGCCAGGAACUUCCGCAUCCACGUCGAGCCGGUGUGCACCUGCCAGAGGCAGCAGCUGCCAGGAGAGAUGCUGUGCUUCCUGCACCAGUCUGAGGAGGAGCUGAGGAGGAAUCAGGAGCCCAGCCUCCUACAAUGCCUCUGCACCGGCUCCUACCUAGAUGUGCACAAAACCGCCCGCUGGAUCUAUCAGCUGGUGAGAGCAUCCUGGGUGGUUUUGCCUGAGUCAUCUCAUUGCCGUCUAACGAUGCUGCCCCUCAGCCGCUCCUGCAAAUUCAAGGUGACAAAAGACAACAAGCAAAGCCUCUGCAUUGAGAUGAUGUUUGGGGUGCAGCAAGGCAAAACGGACAUCUUUGUGAGCAGCCAGAGUACAGAGGCCACCUUCAGCCCAAGCACGAUGUGGUCAGAGAGCUAUGCUGUGGCGGAAGCAAAGUUCUUCAGGCACAUGGCCACGCAGGCCCCGAAGGACAGCUUCCACCUCAGGUGCCUGCAGAUCUGUGCUCGCAUCUUGGUGGGCAUGGGCUUUUCCACCUACAACCUGAAGACAGCUACGUUCACUGGCACCAAGAGACAGAUGCUGCAGGGUCUCUGUCCCAGCUGUACAGUCUCUGGAGCCACCAGUGCCCCCGCCAGCAGCUGCCUCUUGCCCAAGUGCCUGCUGCAGGACCUGCCCUGCCUGCCAGCACUGGCAGCUUGCUGCCAGUUGCCACCUUUCCCUGAGUCCCUUGGCUGUCAUGCUGCAGAGACGUGA